CUUCAAUGGAGGAACCAAAAUUACAGAGAAAAUCCAUUCCGAUGAAGAAAACUCUCGGCCGUCAAAAGAUCGAAAUCAAGAAGCUAGAGAAGAAGAGCAGCAAACAAGUGACGUUUUCGAAGCGCCGUGCCGGACUUUUCAAGAAGGCCGGCGAGCUUUCUGUGCUCUGCGGAGCAGAGGUUGCCAUCAUCGUCUUCUCUCCGAAUGAUAAGGUUUUUUGUUUCGGUCAUCCGAAUGUUGACGUGCUUUUGGAUCGGUAUCUGACCGGGAAUUUGUCACCGCCGAAGCCGGCGGAGAGUUACGUUCCUGUAGCGGAGUUUAAUCGCGAUUUUGCCGAUUUAGUAUUGGAGUUCGAAGCGGAGAAGAAGCGAGCAGAGGAAUUGAUUCAGGCAUCGGAGGAGUCAAGAAAUAGCGGCGGAUUUUGGUGGGAGGAGGCGGUGGAAGGGAUGAGGUUGGAGGAAUUGAAGGAGUUCCGAUCGUCAUUGAUGGAUUUGAGAGCUAAAGUGGCGGAGAAAGUCGAGAAAUUGACGGCGGUUAGAAUCGGAGGACCUCUGUUACCAGCGCUACCGCCACCGCCACCGCCGAUGAUGCCGCCGUCGUUUCACCUUGCCGGGAACCACCAUGUCGCGACGGGAUUAGGAUUUUUUUAGAUUUUUUGAGUUA